AUGCCUUCUACUACUCUUCAAUGGCUAACCCUUGUUGGCAUCAUUUGGCUCCAAGCCAUAAAUGGGACAAACACUGAUUUCCCUGCUUACUCUUCCCAGCUGAAGCAGCUUCUUUCUAUUUCCCAAGUGCAGCUCAAUAAUCUUGCUUUUGCCUCUGAUGCAGGGAAACUUUUUGGUUGGUUUUCUGGCCUUGCUUCUCUUUACCUCCCACUAUGGCUUGUCCUCAUGAUAGGUUCAACUCUUGGCUUAAUUGGUUAUGGUGUGCAAUAUCUCUUCAUAACCAACCAAAUUUAUUCUUUGUCCUAUUGGCAUGUCUUCUUAUUAACUUUUCUGGCUGGGAACAGCAUUUGUUGGAUCAACACAGUCUGCUAUGUUGUCACUAUAAGGAACUUCCUAUCUUAUAGCCAAGUUGCUGUGGGAUUAACAACUAGUUACCAAGGAUUAAGUGCUAAGAUUUAUACCAAUAUUGUUGAUGCUGUUUCUCCACACAAAAAAGCUGGAACCUUCCUCUUCCUUAACUCUCUCUUACCUGUGAUAGUUGGCCUAAUAACAGCUCCUCUAGUUAGAGAAAUUGAGGUCACAAGUCCUAAUAAGUACACGGGUUUUGGGUUUGCUAUGAUGUUUGUUAUUACAAUUGCCACUGGAAUUUAUGCUGUGAUGAGCAGCUUGCACUUUUUCACAAGCAAAAUACCCUCACUGGGUAUCCUGAUUGGUAUUCUUGUGUCCCUUCUCUUCCCUCUAUUAGUCCCAAUUUCAGUGAAGAUCAAGGAACUAGUGGAGUCAUGGAACAAAAAUAGAGAAAGACUUAGAGUCUACCAUUUAACGAUGGAGGAGAAUAUUAAUGUAGAGGUGACAGAGAAUGAAGUGAAAGAGGGUGAAGAGAGGAGAGAAGUUCAAGAAGAGGUUAGUGUUAGAGAAGAAAUUGGAGUGAAGUUGAUGCUGAGAAGAAUAGAUUUCUGGUUAUAUUUCUUUGUAUAUUUAUUUGGUCCAACAAUUGGUUUAGUAUUUCUUAAUAACUUGGGACAAAUAGCUGAAUCCAGGGGUUGCUCUGGUACCUCAUCUUUGGUGUCUUUGUCUUCAUCUUUUGGGUUCUUUGGCCGUCUCAUUCCAUCUCUUAUGGACUACUUCUACAGGGGAAAACGUACAAUUUCAAGACCUGCUUCUAUGGUGGCAGUAAUGGCUCCAACAUCAUGUGCAUUCUUCUUACUUCUCAACAAAACUGACCUUGCACUCUACAUUAGCACUGCAGUAAUUGGAGUGUGUACUGGAACAAUCACUUCCCUUGCUGUUUCUAUAACCACUGAACUAUUUGGCACUAAACAUUUCUCUGUGAACCAUAAUGUGGUCGUGACCAACAUUCCCAUGGGUUCCUUUUUGUUUGGCUGCUCAGCUGCACUUAUUUACCAUAAGGAAGGGCAUGAACAUGGGAAAUGCAUGGGCAUGGAAUGUUACAGGAACACUUUUAUCAUCUGGGGGUCCUUUUGUUUCCUAGGAACUUUCUUGGCUUUGAUUCUACAUGCUAGGACUCGCAAGUUUUACUCACAAAAAUCGUAG